UUUUGUUUUUUUUAGACAAUGAAAAGAAAGUUAUGUUAUAUUAUAUUGAUCCAAUAUGGAUGAACAGAGUUGCCCAAGAUGUAAAACCACAACAUAUAGAAACAAAAAUCUGAAACUACUGGUAAAUGUUUGUGGACAUAAGUUAUGCCAGACAUGUGUCGAUGUAUUGUUUUCGAGACCUUCUGCUGCCUGUCUACAGUGCAAUACUCCUUUGAGAAGGAGUGAUUUUAGAGUGCAGCAAUUUGAAGAUGCCAGUGUUGAACGAGAAGUGGAUAUACGAAAAAAAAUUGUUAAAAUAUAUAAUAAAAGAUGUGAAGAUUUUGACUCACUACGAUCAUACAAUGACUAUCUUGAAGAAGUCGAAACAAUAAUUUUCAAUUUGGCCAACAAAACGAGUGUAGAGGAGACCAAGAAGAAGGUGGAAUUGUAUAAAAGAGAGAACGAAAAGAUUAUUCGGAAAAACAACUCAAAAUUAAAUCAAGAAGAAGCUCUUUUGAAGGCAACCCUUGAAACAGAGAAAUUAAACGCGGAGGAAAAACGAAAACAACUUUUGUUGGAAGAAAAGGAUUUGCUAACGCAGAAACGAAAAGACAAGGAAAGCCUGAUCAACGAUCUGAUCUAUGCAAAUGCCCCAGCUGAGGAAGUGAUAGCUCGCCACCUGCAUGUCAAACGGCAACAGGAACAAGAGGAGCUCGAAAAGAAAUCAUUCUUCUUUUCAGAAAAGAACAAAUUGAAGAAUAUGACUCAAUUGUCGAAUAAGCCAAUCAUCGAAGCGCCUCUAUUUGAGUAUAAACCACCUAAAAUGGAAUGGUAUGGACCAAGUCCGCCUGAGAGUGAGGCCGUCGAGAUAAAUGGCUACUUAAAUCACAUACGAGCUGCAUCGGAAUCCGAAAAAGCUGGUGGAUAUUCGGAAUCGAUUGCUUGCCGUAGAGCUAUACAAGAAGCCUUUGAUUGUUUGUUUUUGUGAGCUAAAGUUGCGGUUGCGGUACAAUGUCAAGUAUGAACGAAGUUGACAUCUCAAAGUCGUAUUUACAUAAUACUCUUUCUGGAUGCUAUAUUGAUGUUAAAGGAUGGUCAUUUGUUGUUAUAGACAAUAAAACGAGACUUUUUUUGUUUUACGAACUGUUAAUAUCAAUUUAUAAACGCUUAAAAAAUCUUAUACAUAUUUAUUCAUGUUUAAGUUGUUGGCCGCGGUUUAAAUGUA